AUGGUUGAUACUUCAAGCACCCUAUGGACUGUCAUCACCUGGAUGCUCAACCACAAGCCCAUUCUGCUGGUGAUCCUGGUCCUACUGCUGUUGCUUAGCAACUGGCUGGUCAAGCAAGAGGUCUGGUCAAACAGGAUGAAGGGUCAGCCGGAAUAUUUAGAAGCUCCACUGGUCUCCGAGGGUGUCACCAGCAACGCCAUUCUGACCGCCAAGGAAAUCGACAAGAUGCAUGCCUGCUUUGCUGUCCAAGAUAAGCUCAUGGAGAGGCUCAUGUUCAACGAGAUGAAGCUCAAAGUGUUAGAGAAUCAGAUGUUCAUUGUUUGGAAUAAAAUGAACCGAAGGAAGAGGUCGUGCCACAUCCGGGCUCCUUCCCCGGGCAAGUACCUCCGCAGGCAUGGAAAUGGCUUCUCCUCCGCCUCAGGCCUUAGCUCCAAUUCCCAGGGGCCUUGUUGA